UUUUAAAUCCACUUCUAGCUGGUGGUCAGAGUGAGCUCGGUGUGCUGCGGGUGGUGAGCAUGGCUCUGCGCUUGGUCAAGGCUCGUGCUGGCAGAAACAAUGUGGAACCAAAUGUUCUCCCAGCAAAAGUUGGAACAAAAAUUGGCUUGAGACCUAGAACUGCUUUGGUGGACAUAGGAAACAGGACACAAGGAGCUAAACUCCCUAUAAAAAAGGGGAAAAGUACAGUGGCUCCAAAGGUGGAACCAGUAAAGAAGGCUGUUAAACCCAUUGUUCAACAAACAGAAAUCUAUGAAGAUGUACCAGAGGUUCCAGUGUCACCACCUCCUGAAGCAACAGAUUGUAUAUCUGAAGACUUGUGCCAGGCCUUCUCUGACAUGCUGCUUCCUGUGAAAGAUGUUGAUGCAGAUGAUUGUGACAACCCCAUGCUAUGCAGUGAAUAUGUUAAAGAUAUCUACAAAUACUUAAGACAGUUGGAGAUGGAGCAAUCUGUGAGGCCCAAAUAUUUGGAGGGGAAAGAGAUAACGGGGAAUAUGCGUGCCAUCUUAAUAGACUGGCUUGUACAGGUUCAGAGAAAAUUUCAGCUGCUUCAAGAAACAUUGUAUAUGACUGUAUCAAUCAUAGAUCGAUUCCUUCAGGAUAAUCCAGUGACCAGGAACAAUCUACAACUUGUUGGUGUGACAGCAAUGCUAGUGGCUUCUAAAUAUGAAGAGAUGUAUCCUCCAGAAACUGGGGACUUUGCCUAUGUUACCGACAACACUUACACUACAGCUGCAAUAUGUGAAAUGGAAAGGAGGAUUUUGCAAAAGCUCAAUUUUUCCCUUGGCCGGCCUCUUCCACUGCACUUUCUGCGGAGAGCUUCAAAAAUUGCAGAAGUAAGCUCUGAGCAUCACACCUUGGCCAAAUACUUGAUGGAACUGACCAUAGUGGACUAUGAAAUGGUGCAUUUUCCCCCAUCCCAGAUUGCAGCUGGUGCUUUUCACCUUGCUCAAAAAGUCCUAAAUGCAGGUGACUGGACACCUAUUCUGCAGCACUACAUGGCCUAUAAAGAGGAGGAUCUCGUAUCAGUGAUGGAGCAUAUUGCCAAGAAUGUUGUGAAGGUCAAUCGAGGCCUCACUAAACACAUGACAAUUAAGAACAAAUAUGCCAACAGCAAGCAAAUGAAGAUCAGCACCAUUCCACAGCUAAAAUCUGAUGUGAUUAUCAACUUGUCAAAGCAUCUGAUACCUCAGAAGUAACUUGCAUACCUGCUUUUGUAUAGUCAUACCUCUUGUAUGUUUCUCAGCACCAUGUGCUACUGUAAAUAAAUGUAGUUACCAUUUUACUUUUACUAAUAAAGGAAUUUUUAA